AUAAUAUAUAUAAAAUAAAAAAAAUGGUCGACUUGUCAGUUGUCAUCAUUUGACAGAAGCCUUUUCCUCCCUGACUACCGAACUUGAACUUGAGUCUCGCAAUAUUGCAUUUGCAUGUUAGUUUUUUGAGGGGAAGAGGAAGAUGGCGAGAAAGUUGUUGAAUGAUUUGGUUCCUUUGGGUGCCAUGGUGAGCAUGGAAUGCGUGAAUGUUGGAUUGAACACUCUGUUCAAAGCAGCUACCAUGAAAGGCAUGAGCUACCAUGUCUUUGUUGUUUAUGCUUAUGCUGUUGCUGCUAUUCUGCUUCUUCCUGCUCCCUUCUUCUCCUCAAGAUCAAGAGUGCUUCCUCCUCUUACUUUGCCAGUUGCAACUAAAAUUGCUUUUCUUGGUCUCAUCGGAUGCUCAUCUCAGAUAAUGGGGUACACAGGAAUCAGUUUCAGUUCGCCAACUCUUUCUUCGGCGAUCAGCAAUUUGGUGCCGGCUUUUACCUUCUUGCUCGCCAUCGCUUUCAGGAUGGAAAAAGUGGCUCUGAAAAGUUCAAGCAGCCAAGCUAAAGUCUUGGGCACCAUAGUAUCAAUAUCAGGAGCAUUCGUUGUAACUCUUUACAAAGGACCACCGAUCAUCAUUAUUCAUGCGCCUUCGUUCUCAAUUCAACGUCCAAUUAACAAUCUCAGUUCUGUGGAUCAAAGUUGGGCCAUCGGCGGCCUUCUACUGAUGGCUGAGUAUAUAUUGGUUCCUAUGUGGUACAUUGUACAAGUGCAAAUCAUGAAGGUGUACCCUGCUGAACUAACUGUUGUCUUCUAUUACAAUUUAUGCGUAAGCAUCAUGGCCGCAAUUGUUGGCAUUUUUACAGAGACAAAUCCAGGUGCUUGGAAAAUAGGAGUAGAUACAGCGUUGGCAUCUGUCCUUUGCUCUGGAAUUUUCGGAUCGUUCUUGAACAAUGCUGUCCACACAUGGGUAUUACGCAUAAAGGGACCUGUCUACGUCGCAAUGUUCAAGCCACUCUCGAUUGUCAUAGCUGUAGCCAUGGGGGUCAUGUUUCUUGGUGAUUCUCUUCACCUUGGAAGUCUAAUUGGAGCAACAAUAAUAUCAAUUGGAUUUUACACAGUAAUGUGGGGUAAGGCAGCAGAAGAGGUGGAUGAAAACAUCUCAAACCCGGUGUUACCAACUACAGAGAACAAUGUUCCUCUCUUGCAAAGCUAUAAAAGUGAUUUAUCUGAAGAAAAACAUUCACUUAUAUAACUGACCAAACUACUCUUCAAAGCUCUAAGCAAUGAAAAAUAUCCCAAACGAGAAGCCAGAAAAGAAACGGAGUAGAUGGAAGACAGAAUCAGAAAGAACAAAUAUAGAAGCAUAUAAGGAUCAAAAAUCCCAUCAGGAACAGUUCAAUUGAAUGAGAGUAGUGUACUUACACCACAAAGCAAGGAACAUAAACCAAAAUUUCUAAAGAGAAAGAAUUCUAUCAGCAAGUGGGAGUAAUAUGAACGUGUAUUCUGAAGAUAUGAAAAGAAAGCAAGCUUGUGUGUCUGUUGUAACAUAUUUUCCAUGAUAGGUUUCCAAAAGCUUCUGUGCAGCUUAAUUUGUAUUAAGUCAGCAAAUAUUGCUAAAUAAACCAAAAAAAGAAAUUGAAAAUCAGUAAUAACCAGUGGUGCCUACUCUGAUACAGAAUGAAAGAGUGCAGAGAUACAAAAAAAAGAGUAAGAGUAACAUUGUGUCUUUCUUUUUUUUAAUGGAUGCCACAAUAAAAUUUUGUAUCUUAUGUAUGGCAUGAAUUUGUAUCGA